UUUGCUACUUCUGAUGUUAAUUUUUUCCUAUAUUUUUUUCUCUCUCUUCUUUGUCCCUCAUUUCUCUUUUUUCUCUCUUUUUUAACAAGACUGACUUGGCUCUCCGGCAUUGACUGGUUCUCAAGCAACUUCACUCCGGUAACUGAACUCAGCUAAAGAUCGUGAAGUCUCAUCUGUGAGUCAAAACGAAGUCAGUUUCCAACAGUUAAAAGUCUUCCCAAGGGAUGAAUUAGACAGUGAGAAGAAUACACUUACAAUUUAAGGAUGAAUCUGGGGAGAUUUUCAACUCCCCAAGGGAAUAGAGUUAUCCAAAAUGGGGAUCCUUGGGUUCCUGCUACUCCACAAAAGCCAGUUUUGCAAAGUCCCGAUCUUAUUCCAGCUGAAAUGCAAGGAAAUCAGAUGGAAAGGUCAGAUUGGCAGGAUCUGCUUGGGAUUUAUGGUAACUUCUUACAAAAACCUGCUCAUGGUACAGGAGCAGUUCAGAAUCCAUUCAACCCAGUGAAUUUGAAUAAGGAUUAUAUUGGUCAGUGGAAUAAUGCAGCAGUCGACUGCAGAAGCUCUGAUAUAGAUAUCAACCGCUGUGAAAAUGUACCAGGUCACGGUAGGCCUGCUUGCACUAGAGUUAAUUCAUUAGCAGAAUUGUUGGGGAUGAAGAACCAAUCAUAUAUGCCCUCCACCAGUGGAAGAUCAAGCAAUAGCAUCCACCUCAAUGAUUUAUCAACCUUUCAGAAUUCAUAUUCUCAAGUCGAAAGCAGAUAUGAGCAGCUUCAGGCAGGUCCGAAUUUUCUCAACGAGAGUCAAGUGUUUAUUCCAAAUCAGACAUUUGAUUGUUACAGCAACCGGCGCCUACCACUUGAUGGAAUUCUAGGCCCAUAUCAGGUCAAUAAAUCCAUGUACUCAUCCUUGACACCAGAUGCUGGUACAGGUUCAAGCAGAAGUAGUUUCUUCCCAAUUGCACCAGUAACACCAGAACAAAAGCAAUUCAAGGAUGACCAGCAUUUUGAGAGACAGAAUUUCUCAAUAGAAGAAAGCUCUAGUCUUGAGAAAGAUAAGCAGGAGAAUGUUCCCAGGUCUGUGCAAUCCAAAGAUAACCACUCUGAUAAACAGUUACAGAAAGUCACAGAUUCAUUGGUUGCAACAACAUCAUUGGGUGAAAAGAUUGAUGAUGACAACAAAGGUAAUGGAGACAUUGACCUGAACAAGACACCACAGCUGAAACCUCCCAAAAGGCGAAAACACCGGCCGAAGGUAGUAAUAGAAGGGAAAACCAAAAGAACUCCGAAGCCUGCUGCCCCAAGAAAUAGUACUCCAAAUGAGAACCAAUCAGGAAAAAGGAAGUAUGUCCGCCGAAAGGGCCUCGAACAAACUGAAGUUGUUGAGCCUGCUGCCCCAAGAAAUAGUAUUCCAAAUGAGAACACAUCAGGAAAAAGGAAGUAUGUUCGUAAAAAGGGCCUAAAAGCUUCAACAACUCAACAAACUGAAGCUGGUGACAAGGACAGAGCUCCUGAUGCUGGAGACACAGCAAAAUCAUGUCGGAGAAUGCUAUAUUUUGAAGACAGAACAAAAGAUGAAAGCCUGGCCAGUACCAAUAUCAGCCAAGCAGAAAAACAUCAGCAAAGAAAGGAGUCUUUUGAUUUGAACCUGAGCUCUCAAGAUAUGGAGUCAUCUUUGGCUAUCAUGGAGGCUUCUGCAAUAUCACCUGGGCAGAAUCAGCAGAAUGGAGAAAUUGCAGAGAAAAGGUUAACAGAAACUGCACCUUAUGUAGUCAGUUCCUUCAUUGAAAAGCCAAAAGAUUUGGCAUUGCCACUUCCUUCAGCAAAUCAAUUUACAAAAAAGAACCAGGCACUGAAUGCCAUUGCAAGAAGUCUAAGCAUGCGAAACGUUAAUCAGCACCAAAACAGCAUUCGGCUUGGGUGUGAUCAAGUGCCAGUUCAUGAAGCUGGAAUAGGCCACUUUGUCUUUGAGGCAAAAGAUACUCAACCAAAGAGAGACGAAGUAAGGCAGCUGGCACUGGAAAGGACACCUCUGCUUUUGGGAGACACAGCUUCUGCACAUGAAAAAAGAGGAUCCAAGAGAGAUCAGUGCCACAUUUCCGAGUUUCAACCUAAGAGUUUUAGCCAGAUGGGAUCGGUGUGCUCAGACAUGUUAGGGAUUGACAAUAUUAGAAGAAAUUGCAGCACAUUUGAUUUAGGAGGUUCAGAGAUUCACAAGAAAACAAAGUUUGAUUCUGAAAUAUAUGGCACAGUAUCCGGUAUACCUUCCAGUACUGCAGCUUCAACGCAUGGCUCAGUAAAGUUCCAGUCAACUAGCUUGAACAUAAACAGAUAUGAUGGAUUCCCAGGUAGUGGAGCUAAUGGUGAGGGCAGUAGGCGUUGCGCUAGUCCCAUGAUUGUUAAACAUAACUUUCAAAAGCAACCAACCCCAUCUCAAUCCCAUUCUUAUACACAAUCAAUAUCUCAGAAAAUAUCCCAACAAUUGACUGAAAGACAUGGACCCCAAGCGCAGGCCACAAGUAGUAACUGGAAUCUUCAGUCUCAACCCCAAGCUCUCUCUAUGUUUGUACAAGAGAUCAGGAGGAGAAUUUCUCGCAAUAACAUGCUAGCACGGAUGCAGAACAUGGGGCAGACAUCAUCCAAUGAACUAUUCAAUAAGGGGGAGAUGCUUACAAGAGACAACAAGAAAUUACGAGGUGACGAACAUCUCCCAACAAAAGCUAGAGGCUUACAAGGAACACGCAGAUAUGCAGCGGCAGUCGAUAUGAUCACACACCGAUUGGAACGCCUUGUUAUCAGUGACAGCAAGAAAUAUUCUGCUCAAGAGGAGCAAAAGGCCCUUGUUCCAUACAAGGGAGAUGGCACUAUUAUCCCAUAUGAGGGAUUUGAUCCCAUCAAAAGACGUAAGCCACGGCCCAAAGUGGACCUUGACCCAGAGACCAACAGACUUUGGAACCUCUUAAUGGGGAAGGAAGGAGGUGCAGAGACAACGGACAAGAACAACGAAAAAUGGUGGGAAGACGAAAGAAAAGUCGUCCGUGGACGGGUAGACUCUUUUGUCGCACGGAUGCGCCUUGUUCAAGGUACAAAAAAUCCAUAUAUCAUUCAUUCUUCAACUUAGAAGUCAACUGAUUCUGAAAUGAUUAUCUGGUCCCACCAUUUACUUGUGUCAAU